CUGAUCCAGGGAUCGAACCCAGUCUCCCGCAUUGCGGGCAGAUGCUUUAACCUCUGAGCCACCAGGGAAGGAGACUAGGUUAAAGCCAGAAGCAAGGAGACCAGUUAGGCUAUUGCAGUCGUUUCUGAUGAGACAAUGGUUGCCUGAGCUUGAGUUGCAGCAGGGGUAGAACGGGAGAAUAGGAAGUGACAGAUUUGAGACAUUUUGGACAGAACUUUCUGACUGUGGAGGAAGAAACAAAAAUGAGUUUCUCCUAGUGCAACUGGGAGGAUUCUUGGGUCUGAGGUGGGCAAGACUAGGCAGAAACAGGUUUUGGGUGAGGAUGUGUGUAGAAAUGACGAAUUCGGUAUUAAGUUAGAGGCGGGUCGAUGGGUAUCUAAAGGGGAGGUGCCCCAUAGACAGUGGAACUGUGGGUCUGUGACUCCAGCAGGGGCGGUAAGAGGGGGUGAUCUAUGCUGGAAACGUGAAUUGUGAAGUCUUUUUGCGCAUUGCUGUCCAACCGAAACAGAAAGUGAGCCACGUAAAUAAUUAAAAAUUUCUCAGUAGCCACAGUAAAAAAAAAAAAGUUAACAGUUGAAACUAACUUAAAUAAUACACUUACUUAGCCCAGUAAGUCCUAAAUAUUAUCUCAGCACCUAAUCAAUAUAAAAAUUUUUGAUGAGACAACUGGCCUUCUUUCUACGACAUUCAGUGUGUGUUUUACACUUAGAACAUAGUUAACUAGCACUCGCUACGUUUCAAGUGCUCCGUUGCCACAUGCCGGUUAGGGUUUACCACUUGGUUCAGGGCAGCAGUGGAGCAGAAGCUCAGGCCCACCCCGGACACUAUAGACGACGCACUUCUGCCGGACGGAACACCCCGGACCGAAAUUGCGGCGGAACGGAAGUUGCGUGUAUGCGCGCGCAGCCGCAGACGGACGAGCCGGGAGGUUGCUAGUCGAGAGGACUACUCGGCUGGACGCUGGAUUGUCGGGCUGCGGAAGCUCCGCUGCUUAUUCGUUUGUGACCUUGGACGAGUCACCUCUCUUCCCCUUGAACCUUAGCUUUGUCACCUGUGAAAAAGUGGAUGAUAGAACCUGCCUCACAGUUGCUCUGAGGAUCAAAUACGGUGAUCCGUGAAAAGCGCCUAGCACCGCCUACCACGUUGUAAUCACCCAGUAAAAGCAUCAGAGACUUUUUUCUAAUGAGUUGUCUGUUCACAUCAGAUGACCAAAAUACUGGAGCUUCAUCUUCAGCUUUAUGUUAAUUCAGACCUUUAUUUGGAUCCCCACCCUGCUGCUUACUGGCUGUGGGAGCUUAGGCUGUGGGCUCCUUUAGUGCCAUGCAUCCUUUACAGUGUGUUCUCCAAGCCCAGAGGUGUCUGCGGCGGGGGCCCUUGGCCUCUGUGUCCUGGCUGCUCUUCAGGACCUGCAGGGCACACAGCAGUAUCCCCAGCUCUGCAUGUCCCAGUCCAGAGAGGCCGCAGGAGGAUGGAGUUGGGAAGGAUUUCAGCUCCAGGCUGGCCACUGGACCGACUUUUCAGGAUUUUUUAAGGAGUGCUUUAGUUCCUCCAGAGAAACCGUCUUCUUCAGAAAUGGAGGACCCACCCCCGUAUCUCAUGGCGGAUGAACUUUUAGGAAGGCAGAGAAGAGUCUACCUUGAGACUUAUGGCUGCCAGAUGAACGUGAAUGACACAGAGAUAGCCUGGUCCAUCUUAGAGAAGAGUGGCUACCUGCGGACCAAUAGCCUUCAGGAGGCUGAUGUGAUUCUCCUUGUCACAUGUUCUAUCAGGGAGAAGGCUGAACAGACCAUCUGGAAUCGUUUACAUCAGCUCAAAUCCCUGAAGUCCAAACGGCUCCGCUCCCGAGUACCUCUGAGGAUUGGGAUUCUAGGCUGCAUGGCUGAGAGACUGAAGGAGGAGAUCCUCAACAGGGAGAAAAUGGUGGAUAUUUUGGCUGGCCCAGAUGCCUAUAGGGACCUUCCUCGAUUGCUGGCUGUUGCUGAGUCAGGCCAGCAAGCUGCCAAUGUCCUGCUAUCUCUGGAUGAGACCUAUGCUGACGUCAUGCCAGUCCAGACGAGCCCCAGUGCUACCUCUGCCUUCGUGUCUAUCAUGCGAGGCUGUGACAACAUGUGCAGCUACUGCAUUGUUCCUUUCACACGUGGCCGGGAGAGGAGUCGGCCUAUUGCCUCCAUUCUGGAGGAAGUGAGGAAGCUUUCUGAGCAGGGGCUGAAAGAAGUGACACUCCUUGGUCAGAAUGUUAAUAGUUUUCGGGACAAUUCAGAGGUCCAGUUCAACAAUGCAGUGUCCACCAACCUCAGUCGUGGCUUUUCCACCAACUAUAAAGCCAAGCAAGGAGGCCUUCGUUUUGCUCACCUUCUGGAUCAGGUGUCCAGAAUAGAUCCUGAAAUGAGGAUUCGUUUCACCUCUCCGCACCCUAAGGACUUUCCUGACGAGGUUCUGCAACUGAUCCAUGAGAGGGACAACAUCUGUAAACAGAUCCACCUACCAGCCCAGAGUGGAAGCAGCCGUGUAUUGGAGGCCAUGCGGAGGGGGUAUUCAAGAGAAGCUUAUGUGGAAUUAAUUCAGCAUAUCAGAGAGUCUAUUCCAGGUGUGAGCCUCAGCAGUGAUUUCAUUGCUGGCUUUUGUGGGGAGACGGAGGAAGAUCACCUUCAGACAGUGUCUUUGCUUCGGGAAGUUCAGUACAACAUAGGCUUCCUCUUUGCCUAUAGCAUGAGACAGAAGACACGAGCAUAUCACAGGCUGAAGGAUGAUAUUCCCGAAGAGGUAAAAUUAAGGCGUUUGGAGGAACUUAUCACUGUCUUCCGAGAAGAAGCAACAAAAGCCAACAAAUCCUUUGUGGGUUGUACCCAACUGGUGCUGGUGGAGGGGCCCAGUAAACGCUCUGCUACUGACCUGUGUGGCCGGAAUGAUGGAAACCUUAAGGUGAUAUUUCCUGAUGUAGAGGUGGAGGAUGUCACCGACUCUGGGCUCAGGGUUCGAGCUCAGCCUGGGGACUAUGUGCUGGUGAAGAUCACCUCAGCCAGUUCUCAGACACUUAAAGGACAUGUUCUCCGCAAGACCACUCUAAAGGACUCCACAGCAUAUUGCUGACCUUAGUGGUUGGCGUCAGUCCUUUCUGGCAGCAAGAGAAAUAGGACUGGUCACUAAUGAAAGAUGAAGCUUUGGAGCCAAGCCUCAAGUGGUGAAGCAACUUUCUAUGAAAUGGAAAAUGCAUUUAUUUGCUGCUUUGUGAACAGCUUUUACAGUCAUUAAAUUUACCUAAAGUAGUUCAUUUUUAUCUA